AGCCAUACGUUUCGAUCAAAAUACCCAAGUGAGGCGCAGAAGCCGUCCUGCAAAUUGGCCAUCAACGCGGGUUACUUCAACGUGCACACUAGCGAUUGCAUCGGCAAUGUCGUGUCUGGCGGGCGAGUUCUACAGAGUGUACCUGAGUCCCAGAGCAAUGUCAACUUUGGCAUUAAGGAUGGUAAGUUCUUCAUUGGCUAUGCUGAUCGCGCAGAGGUGGAAGGCUUCCAGCACCUUAUAUCUGGUGUGGGCUGGCUGGUGCACGAGGGCCGACGGGUCAUUGAGACAGAAUGGCCCCGCGCAAACACCACCGUAGAGACAUCUGGGAAGGCCUACAUCUCGAAGAUCGCCAGCCGUACUGCUAUUGGCUUUGAUCAGCGCGGUGAGCUCAUCAUUGUGCAAGUGGAUGGAUCGGUGGCCGAGGGAGAGACAAAGCCGAAGGGCGUGAACAUGACCCAACUAGCUGACCUACUGGUUGAGCAUGGUGCUGUGGAGGCAAUCAACUUGGACGGAGGUGGCAGCAGCACCAUGGUACAAGAUGGGGUGGUGAUCAACUAUCCAUCAGACAGACGACCUCCGUCCUGCCUGGCCAACAUGAAGUAUCACUGUGAAAGGCCUGUCAGUUCUAUCCUAUGUGUCCAAGAGAUCCCAAAUGAGGAGUUGUGGUUCCUAGCUUCUCACGAGAUUACCCCUGUGAUGGUCGCGUGCUUAAUUUUUUUGUCCAGUUUCUCUGGCUUCUUCCUGGCCAGGGCCAUGUACACGAGGCACCCCUCGCAGAGCCAGUCCCUGGCAAAGCAUGAUGCGUUCCUGGGAGAAGGUAUUCAUAAUGUCAGCAGUGGAGACGAGGAGUCCAACUCCUUGUCAGCGGCUGUGAAGUUUUAA